AACUUGCCCACACUGUGCGCCACAAAGCAACGUGCGCGACGAUUGCGACAAGAGCAAGCAAGCAAGCAAGCAGAGCGAGCCAGUGUUCGUGUGUGUGCUUGGCCGUGUGCGUGUGUGUGCGUUGUGUGCAACAAGCCAGUGAACGGCACUGUGUUUGGGAGCAGGUGCCACAUAGAGACAGCCAGUGCUUUGGCCUAGGUUGUGCAGGAGAAAGCAGGGACAUCAAGGGAUUUUUUUUGUGUCGUCUGUGUGAGAAGUGUGCGUGGAGGUGAGAGAUCAUGCUUCUCUCCGUGCGAUCGCCGCGUGCGGCGUGGCACGCUGUCCAAGCGACAGCGGUGAUGCCCAGGCUGCUGGUGCUGCGACAUGUGGCCAUCAGCAGCAGCAGCAGCAGCAGCAGCAGCAGCAGUGAAGGCGUGAAUGAUGGCGCCGAAAAGCGACAACAGCCACAACAUGCGCAGGGCGAGAAGGGCGAGAAGGGCCGCGGCAAUGUUGAGUAUGGCCUCGGUCGCAUGCAGAAAGCGCAGGACUUUUUCAGGACCGUGGAAACACACAUUCUAAAAUCAAACGCUAAACCCCUUCCCGUCGUCAUCGAUCGUGCCCUCAAGAAUCUGGCUGCCCCAGACCUCCUCAACAUCAGGCCCCGGAUCAAAGCCAUGGUGGGCCACAAGAUCUUUGCCAAAGCCCUCAACAUGGACGCAGACCUCCCCGUCACCUCCUACGACUUUUACCUUCGCCUGCAGUGCUCGAUGCCGGAUGCGCAGCACCGCGUCCCCGUCCACGCCGUCCACCACCAUCUCAAGCAGAAGAACAUGACCCCAGAUGACGUGCUUCUUUUCACGAUGAUGCGCGCAUAUGCGCUCUGUGGAGAUAUCCCCAACGCCCGCACGUGCUUCGACAGCUGCGCAAACAUCACGGACGAGACAUACGCACAGCUUGCGCUCGCACACGCGACAAACGGCGACGCGGCCGGCAUUCUCGAUGUCAUCACGGAGGCAGGGGAGAACCGGGCUGUCAAGUCGCAGGCGACGCUGCUCGCUGCCGCUGUUGGCGAGCUCGCACAUGUCGGGACAACGCGCGAUGUUGAGACGGUGCUUGCGUCGCUAGACGGUGCUGGGGUGAAGCUUCGGCUGAGCAUGCUCGACAACUACCUGCGCGCCCUCGCUGCCAAGGGCGAUGCCGACGGCGUGGAGAAGCUCUACGAGUGGAAACUCGCGGCGUUUGAAGGAAUUAGCGAGGUGACGCGUCUUGAGAAAUCACUCCUCGCCAGCGCCGUUUUUGGCGAGGUGCAAGAUGUUGCUUCGAUUUUGGCGAGGAUCAAAUCGUCUGGGGCGGUGCAGUUCAAACCGCUCGUGAAUGUCAUCGACAUUCUCGCGCUCCGCGGGGACGGUGGGCGUCUGGAGCAGCUCGUGGAUAUGCUGUUGGCAGAGGAGUCCAUGUUCAAAUCGCACGUGCGCGUGCAGGACGCGAUUGCAACUGCUCUCAUUCGCAUCAACGACUUUGAUCUUGCGGAGCGCACCCUCGUCAAGAUCAGGCGCGUGCUGCCGACACUGUACGGGUUUUACCACGCCGCGUUUGAGUGCCUUGCCCACGACCCCUCCGUUGUGCCGGACUCGAAGAAGCAGCGGCUGGUUGCGCUCGUUGAGUGGGGCACGGCUGCGGGCUUUGCUGAUUCGCGGGAGUUCAUGACGGACGUGUUCAAGGCGACGGCCGAGCUGCCCAAGACAACCAAGAAGUCAAUCCAGCCCCUGUGGCAGCAGCUGCAGAAUGGACGCCUGCUUGAUGUCUCCGUGUGGAACGCAAAUGUUCGCUCUGCUCGAAGCGCCGCCAGCGAUGAAGCAAACACCAUCAAGGCGAUGGAGACCCGCGGCAUUGCUGAUCUGCAGACGACGUACGUCGCGCGCAUCAAGAACAGACUCGACACCGACAACGUCGCCGCCGCGAAGCAGCUGGCGAUUGACGCUGUGGAAAACACCAAGAGUACAACGCGAACAGUCACCAUCUUCGCCCCCAUCCUCAGGUACAUUCUGGCCACGGAGGGUGCUGGUGCCGGGCUCAACUACCUGUCGGACAUUCUGCAGGUUGCAGCGCGCAUGGACCUGUGCAUGAACGACAGCCUGUUGGCCGCGUGGUGCGACGGAUGCACUACAGACGAGGCCCUCAUGGACGCCGCACACCUCCUCCGCGACGUGACGCUGCUGCCGGGGACGCUGUCGAAGAUGCUGCACGUGCUCGCAUGCGCCGGCAACGUCGCAGGCGUGUUUGAGGUUGCAAACGGGAUGGGGCCGGGCCAGUUCACGUCCGCCGCUGUUGACGCCAUCCUCUCCACAGCCAUCCUCGAGGGCGGCGUUGUGAACGAGGACACACUGCACUCCAUCGCUCAGCUGCACGCCGCCAAAUACUUCACGAUUCAAGAGAGCAACUGGGCAAGGCUGCUGUCGUCGUGCCCGAACCGCCAGCAAGUCGUCGACCAGUGCAAGGCCGUCUUCCCAUCCGAGGCAGAACGUCUGGAUGCGUUUAUGCUGGCUGAGCCACUUCGCGCCGCCAAGGUCGACGACAUUGUGACCAUUCUUCUCGACAUGCAGCUCGAUGAGCAGGCCAAGGCACAGCUUGCGCGGGAAACGCUGGAGCGAGUUGCAUCGGAGCAUCCUGCCAGUGCUGUUCGCUUGGCCGAAGAGCUCGCAGUCGACAAGAUCCUCUCGCACGCUGAUGCACUGACGAUUGUCGCGUCGCACUUCUUCGCGCCGGAGUUUAUUGAGAGCAACCAAGAGCACGUGCGAGCGCUUGUUGCCCGCAUCGUCCAGGCAGGCGUCGAGACCGCCAUCCCGAGCCCGCCCAACCACCUCUUCCAGUCGGUCCUGCCAUCGUCGUCUCCGCGCGACGCCGCCCGCAUUCUCAAGCUCGCAUGCGCCACACCAAAGAGCGCAAGCAAGACGCAGGCGAUGGUGGACGGGCUCGCCAAGCUGAUCAAGGGCAACGCGGAGGCGCGUGAGACGCUCGGUGCAGAGCUGCAGAACUUGAGCGUCAACAUUCCGUUCGCCCUCGCGUCGCGAACCGUCGACAAACUGCCACUGGCCACAAAUGCGCUGUUUGCGUUCCUUCCACUGUCCCUGAAGAGCCGGCACAUGGGCAACCGCGCAGCCCGCUCGUCCAUCGACGCCGCCGCUGAUUACCUGAAGGAGAACCCGAAGGAAUUGCCCAAUGUGCUUCUCAGUUUUGCACACUCGCGGCACAAGGGCAAAGCCUCCAUCGUCGCCCCAGCCAAGAAGCUCCUUGAAAAGGCCGACGUCGCUGUGACGCGGGAGACGAUGGAAGAGCUGCUGCCACGACUGUCAUCGAACCGACGCAGCGAUCAGCACGUGGCGCUGGCGCUGCUGCAGUAUGCAGGCAGCACUCUCGAUGAGGACCACCGUGCUGCCCUGGAGGAUUUGUCGCAGCAGCUGAGCAUGCGCGCAGGCGACAACGAUGCAGUGGCCAAGUUCCUGCAAAAGAACGAGGCGGAAGGCGCAACCAUGUCCCUUGCCGACUUUGCUCAGCUGUUCCGCGCUCGGUUCCAGGACGCCGAUUUCCUGCUCUCGAUGCUGAAGCGCGCACCAGAGGUGUGCCCUGGCCCGUGGACCGACAAGCAGCACGUAGAGCAGAUUAUCUUCGCCCUCAUUUACCAUCGCCAGAACAAGCAGUGCAUGCAAGAGGUUGAGCGCUUGUUGGAACAGCACAUGCCACUGACGGACUCGCUCAAGGAAUCGCAGCUGCAGCUGUACAUCAACAUGUACACGCGCACAAACCGCGUCGACGCCGCCAUGACGGUUUUCCAGCGGCUGGAGCGUCCGGACGAGCGGAACUUUAUCGACAUGAUCCGCGCCCUCCGCGACGCAGAGCGCAUGCAGGAGUCUGUGGAGUUUCUUGAAAAGUACCUGCGCGAGUGCAAAGGAGCAGAGAAGCAGCACAUGAUGCUGAAGGAAAUGUCUACACAUCUUGACCGUGACAGCUUUGACACCGUCUUCCAAGCGUGCAUCAGUGCAGAGCUCGUGCCCCCGCCACGCUUUAUCCAGCGCCACUUCCAGGCCCUGUUCACCGACAACGCAACAUCGGCAGCUGCUCGCCUCGAGGAGUAUUUGGGCACCAUCACCGAGGACAGCGAGCGCACGCGCAUUGUCGACAUGUACAUCGAUGCUGCACUCUCCACCAAGCACCUUGCCCAGGCUAUUGAGUGUGUGCAACACCACCCCACGCUGACGCGGGAGUCGCACAUCCUGGACUGCAGCCGGCGCGCCGUCCAGUUCCGCCAGCACCGCGCAGUGGAGACGCUCGCCCGCCUCGUCGCAGCCGAGUCAUAUUCGCAGGAAGCGAAGGAGGCGGUGAUGCUUGACCGCAUGCGUGUGUACAGCCGACUUGGGCAACUCGAUGACGUUGUGGAUACGCUGUGGGCGGAUGUUUUCGCCACCAUGAAGCCAUCGGUCGAGUUUUUGCGUGCCGCUUACGUCAUCUGGGAGGACAACGCAGACGCUGACUUGAACCGCAUGCAGUUGAUUCUUCAGCAGCACCUGGGCACCGAGAUGCCGCAGUCGUGAACAACUGAUUCAAGCAUCCCGUUCACGCGCAAGAGCAGGAGAGAAGAAAGGGGAUGGAUGACACGGGGGUUGAGGCGUUCGUUUGUAUGUGGUUGUGUCAGUUUGCGUGCGUCUCUUUGUGUGUGUGCUUGCGUGUGUGCAUGUGCAUGUGCGUGUGCGUGUUUUUUCUUCAGCAAGAAUCAAACCAACUGUCGUUGCUACCCCUUCUCUCCUCCUUGCUUGUUAGUCAGUGUGUUUGUUCGUUUUGCAUCGUGUAUGAUUGGCUGUAAACCCUUAUUGCACCAA